GUGGGUUGCGUAUAUCCUCGGUCUCUGACGCACGAGUCAGGUGGUUCCUCUAAUAGCAUGAGGAGCUGUCCGCGGUGCUGAAACCAGACUCCCACCGCGAGGCAGAGAUAUGCUCGGCUCACUCACGACCCUCCAUGCGAACUGAUUACUGCUAUUAAGGCGUCACGAUGUCGUCGGUCUGCGAGCGCGCCACGCCAGGCAAACCCCUCCUCGUCUGCUUCGCCAGCCUCCUCCUCCUCCUCCUCCUCCUCCUCGGCCCCUCGGGCGUUCGCGCCGCGUCUCUCAGAGAGCACAGACUGAGGGGAGGCGAAUCAAAUGUCCAGCAGGCUCCCAACGCCGACAUGCUCAAAGCCCUGCAGUACAUAGAGAGCCUCCGUCAGAGGGGCCCCCCCGCGCUGAGACUGGCUUCCAACCCUAUGAAGAUGGAGUACGAUGAGGAGGGUGAGGAGGGGGGGCGAAACGACGGGAGGGAGGACAAGAGCGAGGAGCUGCUCCAGGCCGUGCUCAGCACCCUCCAGCAGACGGAGAAACCCGCCAAGCCCGCGUCGCUCGGCGCCGGCGUGGAGGGAGCAGCCGCGAAGGUGCAGCAGAAGCAACGUGGCAUCACACCCCACAGGAAGCUGCCGCUAAUGUUCGAGGACGAGGAGGAGGGGGAGGGGGACGAGGAGGAUGAGGAUGAAGGCCCGGCCAAACGCACCAAUGAGAACGUGGAGGAGAAGUACACGCCUCAGAACAUGGCGACCCUGCAGUCGAUGUUUGACGAGCUGGACAAGCUGACGAAGCCCAUGCAUAAGCGGCAGGAGGAGGAGGGCGAGGUGAGGGAGGAGGAUGACGAGGACGAAGACGACGGCGCCUUUAAUGUGAGAAAUGUGGCGUACGACAACGCGGGCGGGGACUUCAGCGACUGGGGUCCACUGCAAGAGCAGGAGGAGGAGGAAGAGGAGGAGAGGAGGGACGAUAAACACGAGGACGACCGAGGGUUCGAUUACGACGAAGAUGACGAGGACGAAGAUAACGAGGAGGAGGACGAUGAAGGCUACCCAGUCAAAAGGUCAAAGGAUGCGGACGAUGUUGCCAACUUAGUGGACUAUUAUCUGCUCAAAGUGCUGGAGAAAACAGAAGAAGAGGAGCAGAAAAGAGAAAUAAAGGAGGAAGAGGAGGAAGAGGAGAGGGCUGUGAGGAGGGUGGCUCAGGCUCAGUACAGAGACAACGUGGACCCACGAGCCAUCUACCAGCUCAUCCAGAUCUCCCAGAAGUACCAGAUCCCGCCCGAAGACCUGAUGGACAUGCUCCGAAAGGGGGGCGCGUCCAAUCGGGGCGAAUCCCGCGCCAGAGAAUACAACACGCUGUACCAGACGCCCGCGAGGACGGCGCCCCAGAGCCCCGAGAGACCCCACAGCAGACGCCUGCCCGACAGGCAGAGGUCUGCCGAGGAGCAGAGGAGGGAGGAGAUCCUCAGCAUCCUGGGGCUGGGCGGCGCCGAGGAUCCAGCUCCCGGCAGGAAGCAGCGGCAGCACAAGAGCCCCCCGUCACGGCGUCCGGGGGGGGGCGCUCCCACCAAGCCGGGGUACGACGCCGCCGCCGCCGCCGCCGCCGAGGACGAGCUGGCGGCGUAUUUAGCCGCCCGCAUGCUGGCGCAGCACCCGCGGCCCGAGUACAACAGGGGCCAGAAGCGGGAGGAGGCGGGAUCCUUUGAACAGGCCGUGCAGGAUUACUUUGAUCAGAUGGACUCAGGCAAAAGCCUGAAGGAGAGGCGGCCGAGCGAGGAGGGGGGGAGGGGCGGCGACGCCGUGGCGACGCUGCUGAGCUACCUGAACCCCGAGGGCGACGCCGAGGCCGACGCCGCUCAGUGAACACAAGUGUACAGGUCGAAGGUCAAACCUCUCGUCUCCUUUAGUUCACCUGUAGAGUCCCAAAGGUCCUCAUUUACUAGCAGAAAUAUGGGUGUUUGGAAUUCAUUUGACGCCUUUUUUUAAUUUGUGGCUCAACAACUAGCACGUGUGACUCACCAGCCUUACAUUUUAAUACACACACACACACGCACACACUUAGAAUCAGACUCAGUGUCGGAUCCCUUAGAUUCACUUGUGUUUUUUGUAAUUCUUUCUUAAGUGUGGUCAUAUGUGACAUACCUGCGGUUAAUAAAGCAUUGACUUUAUUUUUC